AUGCAAAAGCCGUCACUUCUUGAAAAGAAAGCCUUGGAUUGUCUGUGCAAAGCCGAAUACUAUGAGGCUCAUCAAAUUUAUCGGACGUUGUAUUUCCGAAUGAUACUUAAAGAGCAGUUCAUCGAUCUCCUUGACUUGCUGUACUCCGGAUCGAAGAAGUUAGCUGAUGUAAAGGAAGUACUUAGCGCUAUUGACUUGGCUGAGUUGUAUGCGGAGACGUUGCUCAAGGCUAAGUGUGAGGCGUCUGAGAAAAUCUACGGGCAGAUUUUUUCUAUCAUUGAGCAGUUCUGUAACCCAUCGUUGCCUAUGCCUGCUUCAAAUGCUCAAAAUAAGUUUAUUUCAACAUGUGUCAUGUGGUCACAAGCCAUAGCCAACAAGCGUCGGGAGAGAAAGCAUGGUUUAAGUGAAUUACAUUAUGUGAUCGCGCAAGCUUAUUCGGCACAUCAGCAGUACGCGAAUGCACGAAAUCACAUGCUUUUUGCCGAUCAUCCUGAGGAAUUUGCAAAACUUUUGCAUAAAAUGCGUGAAAAUGGUGGCAGCAAAUCGUCGGAGUGUGAGAUGUUCUGCGUUCUUCCCUGUCUUCAGGCAAAAUUGUUUGAACAUCUAGUUCAAAUUUACAAACAUCAUCUAGAUGUCGAUCCAAAGUUCCACAAUUAUCUGAGCCAGAUUGGGCAUAUUUUCUUCGGAAUUCAGUCAUCCAAAAACAAGGGUGAUUCAUUCGGUGGCCUCCUUGGAAAUAUUUUAAAAGGCGUUUUGGGAGAGAAGAAAGACGAGGAAUUGUACUUUUCGGAUUCUGAUUUCGAAUCUGGUGCUGCUGACAAAAUACGAUUGGAGACGGAAGAAGCGUACGAAACUGCUGAAGAAUCCGAUGGUGGUGAUAUGAGGAAUUCGAAAGAACAAGUGAAACAAAAUGCGGUCGAGAACUUCGAUGAUCUCGAUUAG